AUGCCGCCAGAAAAUACCACUGACUCGAAGCGAGGUAGUGCCAGCCGGUUCCCAAAGGUCCCGGCCGGCCAAAACGUCACCGCUCCUGCCGAGGGCGGCAGCGAGAACGAAGUCGCCAGUGCCGCCGAGAUCCCCAUUGCAGCCAGAUCGAAAGGUCCUGGACCAGCUGCCUAUACCCUACCAUCGACAAUUGGCUUGAAUGCUAAAACCGGAGUUCGGGCCCCGGCAUAUUCUUUUGGAAUCAAGCUCUACGGGAAACUUGCCAGCGAAACCCCAGGCCCGAACGCCUUCUUCCCUCAAACAACGAGAACCGGCACAUCGAAAGGACCGGCCUUCUCGCUCCAGGGUGGAUACAAGAAAGAGAGAAGAGAUGUUGAUCUGGACACCCCUGGUCCAGGGAAGUACAAUCCGACCUACAUUCCGACAAAGGAGGCCAAAGCACCAGCGUACAGUAUGGGCGGACGCCGAAACAACGAGAAAGCCAACAUCAAUCCGGGUCCUGCUGAAUAUUCGAUUGCGUCAACUUUGGGACUGCGUCCGGCCAUCACCAUGCCUGCUGCUGCUGCAUACACCAUCAAGCCCCCGCGACCGAUGAAACUGGAGUCAUUUUCUCCUGGACCAGCCGCCUAUUCGGCCCUCGAUCCCUCCAAAAUCAAGAAAUCGGCGCCAGCAUACUCGCUUGAUGCGUACGAGUACCACACGGCCAACGGACAUGGCCAGUCGCCCAUGCCUGGGCCUGGACACUAUACCCCCAACUUCAUCCAAAGCAAGGAGGCCGCGCCCAUGUUCUCGUUCCGCUGCAAGCACUCGGAAUACGAGCUCUUUGUGCCCGACACCACCGAGGGCGAGUUCAUCUUUUGAUCGGCCUCAACCCCCCUUGGUCUGUCGCCCCCAUCAGCAUGUCGAUCUCGUUUGUCUUUGUACUGCUGUCGUAGUCUCUAUCGCUGUUGCUGUUUCUGUUUCUGUUGCUGUUGCUGCCACUGCUCUGGCUGGAAGACGUCCAAGGCCGAAACUCGCGGGAGGACC